UAAUUAGGUUGAUUGAUUGGACGGAUGAACUAAAGAUUCGUCAUGCCACCAACAGCCGCUGUGAUCAGAGGAGUUCAGAAGCUGGUGCUUUAUGAGACCCGAGCUCGGUAUUUCCUGGUGGGCAGCAAUAAUGCUCAAACCAAACACCGUGUGCUGAAGAUCGAUCGCACCGAGCCUCGAGAUCUGGUCAUCAUUGAUGAUAAGCAUGUGUACAGUCAGCAGGAAGUGCGUGAGCUGCUGGGUCGUCUGGAUCUGGGUAAUCGCACUAAGAUGGGUCAGAAGGGAUCCUCCGGCCUGUCCAGAGCAGUUUCUGCCUACGGCAUUGUGGGUUUUGUGCGGUUUCUGGAGGGUUACUACAUCGUGUUGAUCACAAAACGCAGAAAAAUGGCUGACAUCGGCGGACACUCGAUUUAUAAGAUUGAAGACACGAAUAUGAUCUACAUUCCCAAUGAUUCUGUGAGAGUCACACACCCAGAUGAGGCCCGAUACGUGAGAAUAUUCCAGAAUGUGGAUCUGUCCAGUAACUUCUACUUCAGCUACAGUUAUGACGUGAGCCACUCGCUGCAGUAUAACCUGACGCUGCUGCAGAGUUGGAGUGUGUGUGUGGAGUCUGAGAGCGGCGCCGCCGGUCGGCAGGACACUUUUGACAUCUUCGAGGAGGAGGGACUGCCCACUCAAGUUGUCCACGGUCUGAGUCACGAGCCCUACUCUAAAUACGUCUGGAACCUCCGCCUGCUGGAGAAGGUCAAGGAAAUCGUGCAUCCUGAUUGGCUGCUCUACAUCAUUCACGGGUUCUGCGGCCAAUCCAGUAUCCUCUUACAUUCAGACUCUGCUAGACAUAGCUGUAUGUUUCUGCACAGAAAUUUCUCUAAAAAAGUCUCCAUAUUUAUGCAGAAUGACUCUAAGAGUAUUUACAAAUCACACAAAAAAGUUAAAAAGUAACAAGAUAAAAUACAUUUAUUUUGCACAAUAGUUUAAACUAAACUAGAUUAGGACCUGGACAUGGUUGUUUUGGUUCUGUUUUGUGAUUUGCAGAGCCAGCAUGGGUCCUGAUUUGUGGGUGGGUCAUCUCACCUGAGACCCAUUAUGUUCCUUCCCAAUCUCCGUGGGAAGGGAAUUCGAUUAGCCGGCCCCUUCUGCCUGUUGUUUUGAUUAUUUUAUUUAGUGUGGAUCAUGAGCUCAGUUCACUUCCAUGCACUCGCAGACUUCCAUUCAUACUGACUUGCUGGUUGCUUUAAAAAUUCUUCGUUAACCCCUGUGCACUGUUCAUAUAAGAGCCAUAAGUUCAUUGUUUUAUUUAUGUUAAAUUGAUAAUAAUGUAAAAAGCAACUUGAAAAUAUUUUACUAAAAGUAAUUUAAUUUUUAAUAUAGAGUAUAUGCUGAUGUCACUUCCGGUAAGGAAGAAGUAGUGUCAUGAAGAUGGAAGCAAGACAGUUUUUUGACCGUGUAUUAAAGUUCAGUAAAGUUGUUAUUAAACAUGUUCGAAAUGA